AUGAAAAUUUUAAUCUUCGCUCUCGUUUGUUUGCAGCUCUCAGAGGGGCUUGUGAGAGUUCCUCUGACCAAGGGAAAGUCCAUCCGACAGAACAUGAGGGAAGCUGGAGUGCUGGGAAAGUACCUGCAGUCUCACAAGAUUGAUCUGUCUCAUAGAUACAUGGGAUAUGCUGUUGCUUCUGAAUCUAUGUACUUUGAUACAUAUUACUAUGGGCCAAUAAGCAUUGGAACUCCUCCCCAGAACUUCGUGGUUCUUUUUGAUACAGGAUCCUCCAACCUCUGGGUUCCUUCAACAUACUGUACAAGUACAGCUUGCACAAAUCACCAUACAUUUAACCCAAGCCAGUCCUCCACUUACACUUCCAAUGGACAACGCUUUAGCAUGGGAUAUGGCGGUGGAAAUGUUGCCAGCAGUGUCACUGGCUUGUUUGGAUAUGAUACUGUCUAUAUUCAAGGUCUUACUAUAACAAACCAAGAAAUUGGAUUGACCAUUACAGAACCCAGUGGCAACUUCUAUUAUUCUCCAUUUGAUGGUAUACUGGGAUUGGCUUAUCCUGGCCUGUCAGUGGGUGGAGCUAGCACUGUUAUGCAAGGAAUACUGCAGGAGAAUCUCCUGAACCAGCCCAUGUUCAGUGUCUACCUUGGCAGCCAAUCAGGUGAAGUUACUUUUGGAGGCGUGAAUACCAACCUCUACACUGGCCAGAUCAGCUGGGUGCCACUCUCAAACCAACUCUACUGGCAGAUUGCUCUUCAGGAAUUUUCCAUCAAUGGACAAGCUACCGGCUGGUGUAGCAAUGGUUGCCAGGCCAUUGUAGAUACUGGAACCACCCAGCUCAACAUCCCUUCACCAUACAUGCAACAGCUCCUGCCAUACCUUGGCAUUCAACAGACUCAGAAUGGAGGAUAUUAUGUUAACUGCAACAAUCUUCAAAAUAUGCCAACUUUGAGCUUCACUAUGAAUGGUGUAUCUUUCCCAUUGCCACCAUCUGCUUACAUCGUUCAGGAGAACGGAUACUGCUCUGCCAACUUCCUGAGCAUCAGCCUUCCAGCUCAGAAUGGAGACCCACUGUGGAUUCUGGGAGAUGUUUUCCUGAGGCAGUAUUAUUCAGUUUACGACUUUGGAAACAACCAGGUUGGCUUUGCUCCCGUGGCAUAGGUCGCCUACUGUUAACACCAGGGUGUAAAACAGGAUAUGACAUCAUUACUGUAUAUCUGACAAGAGACAUCAAUCUACUACAUCACAAUUUUCUUCUGACAAUUUCUUUUCUUUCUAAACUGUUUCUGACAAUA